GUGCAGACAGAUAUGAUGAUGAGAGACAUGCUCCUCUCUUGUAAAGCAUUUUGUUCUGUAGCUAGGUACAGCAGAUAAUGCUAGUGUCCAUGUUUUUGGUGUACUCGCAUCACUUCUAUUACACUAACGUUACAACUACUCCCUUGUUAUGGCAAUCCAUCACUGUUCCUGAAAACUGAAACUGAAUGCAUUUGAGGAGAAAAGGAAACCUGUUUUUUGGGUACUCAUCCCUUCAGCAGUAAUCUUAGUUGAGUACAUGGAUUGGGAUUGAUAGACACCCUUCAUCAAUUGAAAUUGAUAGCUGUUUUUAAAGUUUUGGAGCACCAAACUGUGAACCUUCCAAACAAAAUCAUGCAACUUUUUUAUGCAUUGCUUUACUACAUCAUGGAAUGGUGCCACCAAUUAAAAUUCAAGCAUUGAUGCAUUCAUCAGAUUUGGUGUAGGGAUCAUAAACUUUGGAAACAUUACUGUGUGUUCUAUUGUCUGGAAGAGCACAUUCUUUCUGCCCUCUUCAAUGUAACCAAGUCUCAUUUAAUUGCACCGAGACAAGCAAAAGCUAUGCUUCAAACCUGCAAGUGAAGGAAAAGAAGCAAAUCCCAAAUUUUGUGGAUCCAGAGCUUGAAUAGUGUCCUAACUCUUGUGAUAGGUCCCUUGCGGUGGUUGUAUUCUGAUCAUCAUGUCGGAUUCGGUGUGAAUGCAUGAUGAGCUCUCAUUCUUUUGUCGAGGGAGGGAGGAAGGAAACAGCUUUUUACCAGGUUACUCGGAGGAGGAAAAGCAGACAACGUUUUAGUAAACAAUCGAAAUUCAUAAUUGAUUGCUCCAAUGGAAAUUCACAAUUGAACUGUUCAUGUCUUGCACGAGUUAUAAGAAGACGCCCACACGUGCGGAGCAAAGCCUGCAAGCGGGUGCUGCCUCAGCUUGCAGGAGAGAAGCUCUCAGGGGAGCAGUGAGGUGGGCAAUUGUGAAAGUGCAAAUGGUCCGUCGAAGAUAAGUGGCAGAGGACACUGGAGGCCAGCCGAGGACUCCAAGCUCAAAGAGCUGGUGGAGCUCUACGGCCCGCAGAACUGGAACCUCAUUGCAGAGGAAUUGGAAGGCCGAUCAGGGAAGAGUUGCAGGUUGAGAUGGUUCAACCAGCUGGAUCCGAGGAUCAACAGGAGGCCAUUCACAGAGGAGGAGGAGGAGACACUGUUGGCUGCUCACAGAAUGCAUGGCAACAAGUGGGUGAUGAUUGCAAAGCUCUUCCCUGGAAGAACAGACAACGCCAUUAAGAACCAUUGGCAUGUCAUCAUGGCUAGGAAGUACAGGGAGCAAUCCAUGGUCUCUCAGAGGAGGUUCAGAUUUGAGGAAGAUGCUGCAUUGCCAUCUCCUUACUUCCCUUCCAUUGACUUAGAUCGCAGCUGGGAGAUUUCUACUCAAAACACUCCAUUUGAUUUCUUCUCUGACGAAUGUGCCAAGGUUGAUGAGCUGAAGCAGAUGUCUCCCGUCAGCUUGGCAAGGCAGCAAUCAAGCAAUGCUUCAGCCAGUGAGACACUGCCCUAUGUCGAGGAAGUGUUCAACAAUGUAAAUGCUGGUGAUGCUGCAAGAAGCUUCAUAGAUUUCCUUGGAGUUGGAGGGACUGCCAAUUGAACCAGUCAGAAUGGAAGGGAGGUAAAUGUCGAUCUUUAGAAUGGCAAUAGGUGUUUGAUUUAGUAGUAGAAUGAGUUAGUUUCCGAAGGGCUUAAUGUUGGCACUCUUGCUAAAAAUGCCAAGGUUGAAGCUUAGGAGGUCGACGAA